AGGGGAAAAAUCCAAACUAGCAGGGGGUGUGUCAGUCACGUGUGUGCGCGCGGCUGUAAGACUCCCUGGUAAAGGUGACCUGCUCUCAGUGUGACAGAAGCUGCUGAGCAAGGAACGUCUCCCUCCGCCUGUCAAGCAUCAUGUCUGAACCCAUCCAUGUCCUCGUGACCGGAGCUGCUGGUCAGAUUGCCUAUUCCCUGCUGUAUGGAAUUGCCAAGGGCGAUGUCUUCGGAAAGGACCAGUCUCUUGUACUUAAGCUUCUGGAUAUUACCCCCAUGAUGGGAGUCUUGGAUGGAGUAGUCAUGGAGCUGCAGGACUGCGCUCUGCCUCUGCUGAAAGAGGUCAUUGCUACAGACAAGGAAGAAGUCGCCUUUAAGGACCUGGAUGUUGCCAUUCUGGUGGGCUCCAUGCCAAGGAGAGAGGGCAUGGAAAGGAAGGACUUGUUGAAGGCCAAUGUAAACAUCUUUAAGUCGCAGGGUGCUGCUUUGGAUAAAUAUGCGAAGAAGACGGUUAAGGUGAUUGUUGUGGGAAACCCUGCAAACACCAACUGCCUGACUGCACUGAAGUCUGCCCCAUCCAUCCCCAAAGAGAACUUCAGCUGUCUCACCCGUUUGGACCAUAACAGAGCAAAAGCUCAGAUUGCUCUUCGUCUGAAUGUGACAUCCGAGGCUGUUAAGAACGUGAUUAUUUGGGGGAAUCACUCCUCCACUCAGUAUCCUGAUGUUAGUCACGCUUCAGUGAAGCUGCAGGGAAAGGAUGUUCCGGUCUCUGAAGCUGUGAAAGAUGACAGCUGGCUAAAAGGAAAAUUUAUUUCGACUGUCCAGCAACGUGGUGCAGCCGUUAUUGCGGCGAGAAAGCUAUCCAGCGCUAUGUCUGCUGCCAAAGCCAUCUGUGAUCAUGUGCACGACCUCUGGUUUGGAACCCCGGAGGGAGAACACGUAUCCAUGGGCGUGACCUCUGAUGGCAAUAGUUAUGGAGUACCGAACGAUCUUCUUUAUUCAUUCCCUGUUACUAUCAAGGACAAGACCUGGAAAAUAGUCGAGGGCCUCAACAUUGAUGACUUCUCCUGUGAAAAGAUGACUGUAACAGCCAAAGAACUUCAAGAAGAGAAGGAUACAGCCUUUGAGUUUCUCUCCCUUGCAUGACUAGAAACAGAACCAAAUGCGCACUCAAGUCCUGAAAACAUGAAAAGUUGUCUUUAGUUUUAGCAUUAAGCGCUUAUUUAUGUCUACAUCAGUUAGUCAUUGAGAGUAACACCUGAAUUAGUUUUGUAUGUGUGACUAGUUAAAGCCAUUCCUAGUAAUAGUGAAUAAACAAAGCCCUGUUGGGUUAAUAUGG